GUGGGCAAACCACUUUCUUAGGGGAUUUUUUUGCAUGGUAAAGAACCAAAUUGAGAAAGCGCAAAGUUUUUGGAGACGCGGCUAUAUAAGCCGUGACAAAGCGUAAAUUUCUUCAAACGUUGUACAAAAGUGAAACGAACAAAAUAGACUGGAUAUCAGAAUGGCAAUGCCAGUAAAAGUUAUUGUACUGCUUUUGAUAUUUUCAAAGCUCUUCAAAGAAAUCCGAUUGGAGGAGGUUAAAGCCAUUGUAAAAUCCCAGGAAAAUGAAAGUUUAAUAAUCUUUAAUAUUCAUGGCAAAUUAAAUGAGCUGGAGAAAAGCUUUCUCAACACCCAUCGAAUGCUUGAGGCCACCCAGGAGAAUUUAACAGCCUGCUUACAUGAAAACCCACAAAUUAGUGGGAUUUUGGAGAAAAUUCACAAACUAGAGAUGAGUGUAAAAGAAAUUCGAGAGAGUACCAAAAGACCGGGUGACAUUGUCAUACAGCGGCGUAUGGAUGGUUCGGAAGAUUUCUUUCGUCCCUGGGCCGAUUACAAACAGGGAUUUGGUAACAGCUCAGGAGAGUUUUUCAUUGGCCUGGAUAAAUUGAAUAAACUCACCAAUUCCCGUCCCUAUGAGUUGCUGAUUCUUAUGGAAGAUUGGGAAAAUGAUAGUCGCUUUGCCAGAUACGAUCAAUUCAUAAUUGGCACCGAAGCUGAGAAAUAUAUUCUCAAGGAAUUGGGUAAAUAUAGUGGUUCCGCUGGAGAUGCUUUGUCAUAUUCGUUGGGUCAGAAAUUCAGCACCAAGGAUCAAGAUAAUGAUCCGUGGAGCAAAAGUUGUGCUGUUGAAUACACCGGCGCUUGGUGGUAUAAGGAAUGUCAUCGAAGUAAUCUUAACGGUAGUUAUCUGAAGGGAGAAACCAAGGAAUAUGCCAAGGGCGUGGAUUGGGAACUCUUUCGUGGACAUUAUUAUUCUUUGAAAUUUGUUGAAAUGAUUUUGCGACCAACCUAAAAGUAUUUCAAAAAAAAAUUGAAUGUAAUCGAAUAUUUAUUUUAAUGUUUUAAAUUAAUAAAUGCUAUCUUAAAGACAAUGGAAGUUGCAAAGAGUUAAUGCAUAUGGUCGCGCGGCAUUGGUUAUGUUUAAAUCGCCCUUUCGGAAAGACCAGAAAUUUCAUAUUUAAACAUUUUCAGGCAUAUUGAAUGAUUAAAUAAAUAACGAAUAAAUCGAAUA